GUCCGCCCACUAAGUCGUUCUUCCGGUUCGGAGCCCGCGCUUUAGUCUUUGCUGUCGCCUUGCUUAGAGGCCGUAACGAGUUUCGCUCCUGCUCAGCGGCAUUAUGUCGCGUUCAUCCUCCAUGCCGAGAAUCUAUAUUGGUCGUUUGAAUCGCCGAGUCAGGGAACGGGACGUCGAGAGAUUCUUUAAAGGCUUUGGCAAAAUCGUAGAGGUGGAUCUUAAGAACGGAUAUGGCUUUGUUGAGUUUGAGGACCUUCGUGAUGCAGAUGAUGCCGUUUAUGAGAUGAAUGGGAGGGAUCUGUGUGGAGAGAGAGUGAUCGUAGAGCAUGCACGUGCUCCCAGAAGGGAUUCUCGCAGUGGGUAUGGUAGCCGCAGAAGUGGUAGCGAUAAGUUUGGCCCUCCAGUCCGCACUAUGUACCGUCUACGGGUAGAGAACCUGUCCACAAGAUGCAGCUGGCAGGAUCUGAAGGAUUUCAUGCGUCAGGCUGGUGAGGUCACGUAUGCUGAUGCUCAUCAACGGCGUCAAAAUGAGGGAGUCAUUGAAUUUCGAUCGCAUGCUGACAUGAUGCGCGCUCUUGAGAAACUUGAUGGAACAGAUAUAAACGGACGGAAGAUUCAACUGGUGGUGGACAGGGCUAGCUCCUUGGCCAAACGCUCCUCAUCUCGUAGCCGAUCUAGAUCUCGUUCGCGUAGGAGCAGGAGUAGCCAUUCCAGAUCACGAUCCCGGUCACGCAGUCGGAGCAGAGGACGGGACAGAAAAAGCCGAAGUCGGAGCAAAGAUAGGAGAGAUUCCAGGAGCCACAGCAAGGAUAGGGCAAAAGGGAGCUCAGAUAGAGGUGGUACCAGAAGUAAAAGUAGAAGUCGGAGCAGGGAGAGAAAAGAAAGGGACAGUCGGAGCCAUAGCAAAGAGAGGGCAAGCCGAAGUUUGAGUAAGGAAAGGAAGGAUAGAGCGAGUGGGGAGAGAGAUAGUCGGAGUAAUAGUAAGGAGGUAAGGGACAGCAGGAGUAAGGAAAGAAGCCAGAGUAAGGAGAGAGAUAGUAGAAGUAAGGAGAGAGAUGGGAGUAAGGAGAGGGAUAGUAAAAGUAAGGAGAGAAGCCAGAGUAGGGAGAAGGAGAGAAGCCGAAGCAGAGAGAGGAGGAGGAGAAGCAGAAGCAAGGAAAGAGGUCGAAACAGCAGCCGUGGAAAAGAUAGAUACAGGAGUCGCAGCAGGGACAGGAGAGAGAGGAGUAGUCGACACAGGAAUGGUCACAGCAGGAGAUCUAAUCGGAGCCGCAGCAAAGAGCGAAGCAGGAAGCGUAGCCGGGACAGAAGUCGUAGUGUGGAUGGCUCAAAGAAAAUCAAGAAGGAAGAUACUGUAGCUUUUACCACAGAAUCUGAUCAGGAACCUGACCCGGAGCCUGAUCAAGAGCCUGAGCAAGAGCCUAAACAUGAAGAAGGUGAAGUUGAUCACAAUGGUUCUGGAGAUCCUCCUUCCGAAGCCACUGCCCCCCCUCAGGAGGAAGUGGAAGAAGAGCCAACUGCAGCCAGCCCCCUCCCUAAACCACCUUCUAGGUCUCCAUCUCCUAGUGAAGAUUAAUUCCCUUUUACUUGUAUGGAAAGGGGCUGUUCUCCCAGUUUUGCAGUAUGUUUUAUAUUUAUUUCCAGAUUCAAUUUCCUUUUUUAAUUUCUUUUUUAAAUAUAUAUAUAUAUUUGGUCUGUUUAACUUCAUUAAACGUUUGAUUCUUUCUAGGUGCAGAGGUACCCCUGCCUGUCUUAAAGCAGUACUGUUAGCAUAUAAUUAAGCCAAUACUUUGUUAGACACUCAACUUAAUGGAUAUAUUCCCUCUUACCCUUCCUGAAUAGGAAGUUGAGAGGAGAGGUUACAUUUUGAAAGUGCAAAAUCUGGUAUUGAUUGAAUUUGUUUUGAGACCCCGGAAUUGUCGAGAUCACAGAUAACCACCCCAAAUCCCCACCUCCAUAUUUUUUUUUUUCCCUCCCUCUACUUUUUUAUAUUUUUAAUGUAAGUAAAUUUAAAGAGCUCACUGGCAAACAGUGUACUAGUAUUUCUUUGCUGCCCAACAGAUAGUUUGAUCUGUUUUCCCUUAUCCUAAUAUUUUCAUUCUUUUUAGUUUGAAGAUCCUCCCUGAUUUUGCAACACAAAAAAUGAAUAAAGAAUAUUUUUGCUUGAGAAAAUAUUGGUGCAAUUCAUUUUGCAGUUACAGGAGCAAUUUAUAUUCAAUUAUAUUGCUUGGAGUUUGAUUUGUCUAAUUGGAUAGCAAAGAUCUCUAGUGACAUGUUAUCAAAUGUUUUGUGGUUUUAUAAAUAUGUAGAUAAAUAAAAAAUAAAAAAAAUGUGUAAACUUA